AUGGCGUCACUAUCAGGCAAGGUCAUCGCCCUCUCUGGAGCGGCAUCCGGAAUUGGACUUGCUACAGCCAAGAUCCUAUAUGAACGCGGUGCAUCGCUGGCCCUCUGCGACAUCCGAAAAGAUGCUCUUGAAAAGGUUGCAGCCGAAAUUUCGCAAAAGGGCGUCGCGAAGGACCAGAAGAUGACAAUGAUGAAAGUCGACGUGUCGAACACUGAUGACGUUAACAACUGGAUCGACCAGGCUGUCAAAGACUUCAGCCGGCUAGACGGAGCUGCCAAUAUUGCGGGCACAAUCAUCCCCGGAGGGCUUAUUGGGGACACGCCAGACGAGGAGUGGGAACGUGUGAUGAGGAUCAACUCAACUGGAAUGUUCAAAGCUCUCCGGGCUCAGUUACCUAAGCUAUCCAGUGGCGGUUCUGUGGUGAACAUUUCCUCCAUGGCAGGCAUCGCAGCCACUCCCAACAUGGCUGCUUAUGGCGCUAGCAAACACGCAGUCAUAGGUCUUACGCGUACCGCGGCUGUAGAAUAUGGACCCAAAGGGAUUCGCGUAAAUACUGUCGCACCAGGUGUCAUCAGCACACCACUUGCAAAUGGCUUCCUUGAGGGCACGGGUAUUGCGCUUAGUGCGAAUCGGUCAUGCCUCAAGCGAGUGGCAGAGCCAGAGGAGGUUGGAAGGGUCGUGGCAUUUCUGCUAUCGGACGACUCAUCAUACAUGUCCGGCGUGGUUGUCAACGUCGAUGCGGGGUUUACAGUGGGAGUCACGGUGGACAAUUGA